GCAUACAUUCUUGACCAAAUCAUGUACCUAAAGUACAACUAUUGAAUUUUAGAGGAAAAAUUAAUGAAUCUUAAAAAAAAACAGUUUUUUUUAUACAAUUGUACCCCCAAAAUUAUAAAGAAAAUAUAUUUUUGUAACAUGCAAAGUAUGGCAAUAAUAGCAAGGCGAUAACCUCUAAUCACAGAAUCUGAUAUGGACCUCUAAUCCAUAUCUGUAACGAUCACAAAAAAUGCGUUUCUUUGGAAGGCAGAAAAUGAAUUUGCCAACUAUAUGUUUUAUUUGGUUUCACUUCAUAAAAAGAAUGUAUUUUUGCUUUCAAACAUGUUUUUUCAUUGAAUAGUUUUUGAAGACCGAAACGCCAAUGGCCAAAACAUUGAGCUCCAAAGCCAAAAUAGUGUGCUCUGACAGCGAAAAAAAAAGUUCAACGAUCAUAACUUAAGUGACAGCACUGACAGAUGAUGAGACAUUCCGAUUGCGUAUGCGGAUUUGGAAGCGUGUUUGGUUUGUUGUGUGUCGUUAUUUUUGUUUUAAUCCAUUACCCGUAUUUGGUUUCUGGUGUUUUAACGAUCUCAACUACUUGGCUCACACUUGAACCAAGAACUUCCCGAUACAUUGUGCGAUUUGUCUGCUGUCGUAUAAUCCUAGAACCUUAGAUUAAGGCUAGAACUGAAGGACCGGCUUUUGUAAGUACCUUGUUUUUUUGUUUUUUUAAAGCCUUCCUUCCUGGCCUGGAAAUUUGUACUUUUGUACCAUUGGCCGAAUACUUGUCUACAUAAUAUUUUAUGACAAUGAGGUGCAUGUCAUGCAAUAUUAAAUUGGAGGAGGAGACACAGUACUACAAUGUAGGCGAUAUUGGCGCUCAACUUAUUGCACUUAUAGCAAGAACUCUCAAUUGUGAGAUUGACCUCCAGGCCUACUUAUGCGAAGAAUGUUUUACUUCUUUUACACAAAAACUAUAUUCAGAAGCAAGAUCUCAUUCAAAUAAGCACGAUUCAAUAAUUCAUUGCGUUUGGUGCAAGAAAUCAAUUAAUGGCCGUCGCUCUCAUUCUUUACCAAAUGGACCGGAGAGAAGACAAAUAGCUCUUCGUAUAUUGCCUAUUCAAAUUCAACCUGGAAAUAGAGUAUGCUAUGCAUGCUGGUUAGCAGCUCGCAGACUUGUACAAAGAUCUCAACAACAAGCACAGAACCGGCCAGAAGCAUCGGUGCAAGACUCUAGCGAACAACCUCCAAUCCUUGAGCCUGAAACUUCGGCUUCUCUCGACCCGCAUUGUGUAAGGUGUGGAAGAAAUAUUGCUGGAGUGCGCUCUCAGUCUUUGCCAGAAGGACGUGAACGAGACAACAUUGCAAGAUAUAUCUCACCUAGACAGAUUGAGCCUAAUGGCAGAGUCUGCUAUGCAUGUUGGGUAGCAGCUCGGAGAAGUGUGAGAAAAGAAGAAGAUAACGAAAAAAGAGAAAUAGCUGGAGCCGCAAUUGAUAUACCUAGCGGGUCAUGUACGAUAUUACCAAAUUAUAGGCGUACGGCUAACUCUUCCAAUUCGUGUUUCGUACGUAAUUGUAACAAUGCAGAGAGAUUUACUGUCCCACUGUGUUUAAGGUUACGAUUAUUAAAAUCCUAUAAAUUAUAUGUGACUGACAACGCCCGCGUAUGUCAGGAACACUUGAGCGCCGAUAAUUGGGACUUCAUAGAUGAUCAUAAUUACAUUCAUCAAUUCUCUCCAACGCAAAUAGAACAAAUGAUUAAUAUGUCUAUAAAAUAAAAUAAUGUAAUAAAAUUAGAUUUUGAAAACUGAAUCCUUAACAGACGAAAUAUGUUGUUAUUGUACUGGAGUAAAAAAAGAGAAGAAUGGCAAUAUGGAGUUCUAAAAAGAUGAUUUCCAGUGUUAGCAGUGGGUAUUGGAAUGGGAUUGGAAAUAAUUUGUAGUACUGCUAUUUCUAUUUAUUUAACCGGCAGACAGUGCUGCAGUGGUGACUGAGUUUGUU